AUGGAGGGUAAUAAGCUUGAUGGAUUUCUCAACAAAGGUGAACUUAGCCAAGCUGUUCAACUCGGUAUAUCUGUCAUAAAGUCUGCGAAUGAAAAAAGCGAAUGUGAAAAAGAACUGGACCCUCAAGACAAAGCUUUGAUCUUCAGCACAUUAAUUACGAAGUUUACAGCCAUAACACCAGAGAAUCUUGAAAUGUCUCGCCUGGUUAUGUCAGUGGUGAGCUUAGCUAUGGGUGCUGAGGUUGAUGUCAACGAUAACAGCAACAAUGAAAACCUGGAGUUGACAAUGCAAUUGACCGAGAGUACUUCAAAUAUGAUGAUCUCUACCCUUAACGAUCCAGAGGAGCCUUUUACACCGGCGUUGGAACUAACAGCUUCAAGUGUUACAGGCUGUCUUGCAAAUGUUCUGAAGUCUGCCGCAGGCUCGAGUCAAGAUAAAGCCGAGUCGGCAGCUACCACGCCAUCUCAAGAGUUUGUAAAAAAGGCCUCCGAAAUACUGAGCAGCAUGAGUGAUGCAUUUCUUGGCCGUUUGGUGCCAUCAGAAGAUCUGGUCCUAAAAACUCCGAACUUAGCAAUAUCUCUGAAAAAGGUCACGGCCAAUGAUGCCAAAGGACUCAGCAUGGGAGAUGGGCCAAGUAAAUUCAAACUCCCCAGCAGCCUUGGAAAUAUAGGUAGUGGAGAGAUAAAUGUAAAGAUGCAAGCUGUUGAUUUUAAUCCUUUUACAUGGGACAAUAGCAGCAAGAAAAUCAAAUCAAGCGUCACGAGCCUCGAGCUUAAAAGUAACAGUGCAGAAAAGCUAAAUGUGUCAAAUCUUGAUAGUGACAUCGAGAUCGUCAUUCCGAUUUCUAAUCCACCAAAGAACGCCAGCAACACAACACAACAUUAUUUCCUCAAGCCUGACCGCACAUCAUUCCGAAGUUAUUACGCAGACCUGGCCGACGUCCCUGUCUCUUUAAGCUUGGGUUUGGCCAUAACAGGAGUGCAAAUUGAAAUGCGGAUUAAAUUUGGACAGCGACCAACGAUGGUGGACUUCGACCACAACUUUACCUUUGCGUUUAAGUCUAAAUGUGACAACCAAACAGUUUUUGAUACAACCUGCUUUACCAAAGGUGGGUCUGUUAAAGUAACGCCUUCUAAGCCGGGUUUUCUCUACGUGGGCUUGUUGGUCAAAGGCUCUAAGAAUGAAAGUCAACAUUUAAGGCAAAGAAGAUCAUGUUUCGAUCAUCAUCGCGAAAGACGGUCAUGUGUCGGCGUUAAAGAUCCACCACCGAAAGGAGUCCUUAAAACUAUGGUUCCGCAAUAUGAUCCAAAUACAGACGUUAACUACACUUUAACCAUCAGCCAGUCAAGCUGUUUAUAUUGGUCAGAGAAAACAGAAACGUGGACUACGGAAGAUUGCAGGGUAAACCAAGAUUCAAACACCACGCAUCUGGUAUGCCUGUGCAAUCAUUUGACAUCUUUUGGUGGAAACUUCAUCCAAGCACCGAAUCCAAUUGACUUCGACAAAGUUUUUACUGAGUUUUUAAACCUUGCUGAAAGUGGCAAUAUUUCAGUACUUGUGACAAUUACUUGUUGUUUCCUUCUGUACUUCGUCGUAUUGAUCGUUGCAAGAAGAGCCGACAAGGGAGAUGAAGACAAAAUUUGCCCUCCUAGAUUGAUAUCAGUUGUUAAGGGAGGAACAUAUUACUACGAUAUGGUUAUAAGCACCGGAGUUUGGAAACAUUCAGCAACAACAGCUAACAUAAGCAUUAGUAUCAAGGGCGACAAGAACGAGCAGAGUCAAAUUCCAUUGCGAGAGAAAGGGGACACGAGCCAGUUUUUCGGACGAGGGAGUAUCAAUAGCUUUGUUCUGGUGGUGGCUGAAACCAUUGGCACAUUAAAAGAAAUUACUUUGGAACACGACAAUUUGGGUGAUAACCCGUCUUGGUUUGUGGAGACUGUGGUCAUUAAAGACCGGCAGACGGAAGAAAGCUGGGUGUUCCCCAUUAAUAGAUGGCUUGCGUUGGAGAAAGGCGACGGUCAAAUAGAGGUUACUGUGGACAGCGCUACUUACUCUGCCUUCUCGGCUCAGGUUCGUUCGCGCUUUGCUCGAAAAAUUGCCGACAGUCACCUGUGGAUGUCAGUGUUUGGAAAAGCAUGUAGCAGCACCUUCACACGUGUGCAAAGGGCUUCAUGUUGCCUUUCAGUUCUGUUUAGUGCAAUGAUAGCUAAUGCCAUGUUCUAUAACAUUGGUGGUGAAUCCGAUGGUACUAUACAGGUUGGGCCUUUUAAGUUUUCUUGGAGACAGAUAGUCAUCGGAGUACAAAGUGGCAUUAUCAUUGCACCUAUAAACAUAAUAAUUGCCUUCCUCUUUAAGUCUAGCAGACCGAGGAAGAAAAGGAGUGACACAUACCAAGUGACAGACGAGGCCCAACGACUUUUGGAUGAAAUAACGGACACUGGCUGUAUGCUUCCUCAUUUCUUUGUCUAUGUGGCCUGGUUUCUCUGCUUCUGUACGACAAUGGCAGCAGCAACGUUUACGCUGUUUUACAGUCUGAUGUGGGGAAAGGAAACCUCUGAGCAAUGGCUUGCUUCCAUCUUGAUUUCCAAUGGACAAGAUAUUUUCGUUAUGCAGCCCACGAAGGUUAUGAUAGCAGUCAUCGCUAUUUCCUUUCUCCUGAUCAGAAAGAAUAAGGACCAACGUGUAGAAAAAAAAGAGGAAAUCGCAAUCGAUCCAAUUUCAAUUAGAAUAGACUUUGUAGGUGAUGAUCCCAAACAGCGAUUUAAGAAAUAUCAGCGGGAAAAGAUGAGGGAGAGAUCAAAAAAAGAAGCUCAGUUAACAAGCAUGACAAGAGACAUUAUCCUUCAUCUGAUAUUUAUGUUUCUUCUGGCUAUCGUUUCUUAUGGCAACAAGAAUGGAAAUCGUUUCCUGAUGACAAAUGAGAUGAGAAAUCGGUUCACUAAGUUCAAUGUGGUAUCUGAUGCACAAAGAUUUGAAGCAUGGUUAAGGAACGAAUUUCUAUCGAACAUUUAUAAUCAGGUUUGGUAUAACGGACUUAAAGAGAAAAACGACGUGUACAUCGAAAACAAAAUGUCCAUACUGGUUGGAAUGCCCUGGUUGCGACAGCUCAGAGUUAAAAGAGGUUCCUGCGAAUCCCCUCCUAAAAUCAUUUCAACUUGCUACUACGAAUAUUCCUCAGACAGUCAGGACACUACUCUCCUAAGCCUUCCCGGCUGGAAGCCUCUUCCCUUCAACACAUCGUGGCCAAAUGCUUUAGAAAUGUGCCCGAAACCUUGGCGAUACCAAUCAGCAGCAGAACUUGGCAACCAUCCUAUCCAGGCCGCAUAUAAUUCAUAUGAAGGGGGUGGUUAUGCAGCUGUCAUGGGAUAUGACGAAACCACUGCACAAGGUGUCCUCGACGAAACUAUCGGCCACGGUUGGCUUGAUCGCCAGACUCGAGCUGUAAUUCUAGAGUUUGCUGUUUUCAACGUCAAUACAAACUUGAUUAGCGUCGCCACAUACUUUUACGAGGCCAUAGCUACUGGUGCAGCCUACACUACAAGUAGAAUUGAAACACUCGAGUUGUACAGCACUGAGUCAGGAGCUCUGAUGUUUUUCUUAAUUGGCCAGUUUCUGUUCAUGGCAAUGGUUCUCUUUUACUUCAUAGUUAUGUUAGUUCACCUUUAUCGACAACGCUUCGGGUUCUUCAAGUCUGUUUGGAACAUGGUGGAUUUCUCCUUGAUAAUUUUCUCUGUAGCAUCUGUAGCAUUCUACAUGAUCAGAGCUAAAAGCGUUUUGAACACUAUCAAAUCUAUUCAAUCAAAUCCAUAUGAAGUCAUGCAUUUCCACACAGCCUUGGAUUGGCUUAACCUGGAAAAUGCAUCUAUUGCUGUUGCUGUUUUCAUGGUGACAGUCAAGCUUCUGAAUCUAAUUCGUUUUAAUCCACAUGUGAUAUACCUGUUUUCAUCUUUUCGGCAGUCUAUGGGCUAUCAGCUCUCGUAUGUGUUCUUCUUUCUGAUCGUGUUUAAUGCAUUUGUCGUAACAGGUAUGCAGUUAUUUGGUGGUAUAGUCCUUGAGUAUUCUAGUUACCUUAAUGCUGUAAUGUCACAAUUCGAAUUCUUGUUAGGAAAAGCGGUUCCGUUACAAGCUCUGCGGAGUGACAAACCCUUUAUGGGUCCUACGUUUGUAUUUUUGUUCUGUCUAUCCACUACUAUUUUCCUAAUGAAUAUGUUAGUUUCUAUACUCAAUGAGUCCUAUGGUGACGCCAAAGCAAACGCCGAGGAAAGCGCAGAAGAGCUUGAAAUGGCGCGCUUCAUUGAAGAACGUGCAAAGGAAAUGUUUCAUGAAGGGAGCAGUCGGACGGAAUUUAGGUUAUUUUGUGAUGAGACAACUUUUGUUAACAUGUGCCUUUUUGAAGCAGAGCCCUUCUGUUUGAAUUCUGAAGCUAUUAUCCGGAGCACAGAGCUACGAAUGGAAAACGUGGAAAAAAGAUUGUUUGCGAUCACUAAACGAACAGAAAGCAUGAAAGAUGAUCUCUUACAGGAGGAAAAUGACUUCAUGAAUCUCCUGUACACAAUAUCAAAUUCAUUUAAACACGUUUCAUACAGACAAUCGGAGCUUGAUCCCUGA